AUGAUCGUAGCAAUAUUGUUUGCACAUGUUGCCGGAUGUCUCGCGCUUGAAGGUGAACCGAGGGAGCUCCGCCUUCUUGGGAUGCUGCCGAUGACCGGAACUGCUUGGCCAGGAGGAAGCGCGUGUCUUGUUCCGAUCCAGAUGGCUUUAGCAGACGUUAACGCAUAUCCGAACCUUCUGCAUGGAUACAACCUCACAUACAAGUACAUAGACACCAUGUGUUCUCGCGGUAUUUGCGUCUAUAGGACAUUCAAGGCUCUCAACGAAUAUCCGAGCUACAUGAUGCUCCUAGGAGGAGCGUGUUCGCCAUGCACGGAGUCGACGGCAGAGGCUUCACAUUACUACAAUAUCACCCAGCUUAGUUACGCGUCCACAUCACCAAUCCUUUCGGACCGCGCUCGGUUCAAACGACUCUUUCGCUUGGGGGCCCCGGACCAGUCCAUGAAUCCUACCCGCGUCAAUCUUCUGGGGGCCUUCAACUGGCGCCAGGUUGCCAUAAUACAUGAGGCUCUGGAAUUCUUUUCUGUUUCAAUGAACGAGCUAGUGGUGGCCCUUAAGGAAGCUGAUAUAGACAUAAUCUCUCAAGAAGUCUUCAUCCAAGAUCCUAUCGAAAGACUGAAAAAUAUCAAGGCGUACAAGCUAGGCAUGUAUGGAAAGAAGAUCGUGUGGAUAUUCCCCGGAUGGCACUCCGAGAACUUCUGGCAAUCUCGACUGGAUGACAUCGGCUGCACUGCGGAACAAAUGAAUGCCGCCGCAGAGGGCUCUUUCCUGACAAGCGCUAUUUUCUACAACCCUAUAGAGGAGAGAGGAAUUGCAAAUAUAACAAGUUUCGAAUUCAAAAGUCGGUUAACAACGCAUCCGUCAUACAACCCCGCCACAAGGGACUACGACUUUGUGUCUGGACAGUGCUAUGAUCAUAUCUGGCUCUGUGCGUUGGCUCUUAACUGCACAAUCACUGCAUUGGAAAGCAUGGGUGGAAAGCGAGUACUGGUGGCCUACUUCCGACAGGAUCUCGCCCCUGCUUCUUACUUUGAGUGGAUCGAGGGUGCACUCGUCUGGAAAGACAAUAUUAUCCCACGAGACUCGACUCAUUUCGUGAACGAAGAGCAGGUCCUCCCUCUGUACAUUUACAUCACAAUGUGCUGCCUGGCCGGGAUCGGAAUGAUGUUCACUCUCGUCUGCUUCAUCUUUAACAUCAUUUACAGGAACAACAAGAUUGUAAAACUGUCCUCACCAAACAUCAACAACGUGCUUCUUCUAGGCUGCUUCAUGUGUUACGCGACUGUAUUCAUCAAAACAACGGAAACUGACAACGCAACUGUCUGUGAGACAAUUAAAGACUACCAACUGCUGCUGAUCAUUGGUAUAGUAGUGGCUGUGGUCAAAAUCGAAGCCCUGAACGACUCCCACCAGAUCGGCCUCUGCCUGUACAACGUCGUGAUUCUGAGCGGUGUCGGCCUAACUCUCUCCCUGCUGCUUGAUGGUCAGGUGAUUCUGCUUUAUGGCGUCACUUCUGGGUGUCUCAUCAUAGGCACCUUUGUCACAGAGAUUGUGGUCUUCUUCCCAAAGGUAAAGGCUGUGUACACUAAGGUUGACUCAGUGCCGGGAAAUGUCUUUCCUGGUCCCAGUUCUACUACCAUUGCGGGCUCGAUGAUGCAAAGAAAACAGACGAUUGCGUCUACAAAACUUGACAUUUAA